AUGGAGUGUUUCCGGGACGCCGCCCGGGUGGUAAAGAAUCGUGAGAAGCUGAUGCAAUGGCUCAGCAACCACCAGACCUCUGUCCAGGCGUGGACGGGGAUGUUCUUCGUGGUAUUCCUCGUGUACCACUUAUUUUCUGAUGGGGAUUUCUCCUUCCUUAUGACCGUCUCCUCCCUCAUCUCCACUUUCUCCUUCCUGAUGGUCCUGUAUAAGAUCGAGCAGACGAAAAGCUGCUCAGGCGUUUCUCUAAAGAUGUUCGAAUGCUAUGCCGUUCUUAUCUUCUCUAGGCUAUGCUCCAUCAUCCCCUAUGAAGGGUAUCUCCCUUAUGACCGGUCAGGAGAUUGGCUCUACCAGACUUUGGAGGCGCUCUCUCUUCUACUAGCUGGAUUGGUGGUAUACCAGUGUCGUCGUCGCUUCCUCGCUUCCUACCAAGCGACUGGUGACACCUUCCCCCACAUGGUGCUUCUUGCUGGAGCCUUCAUCCUCGCGCUUAUCUUCCACCCUUCGCUAAACGCCUUUAUGCCCGCAGAUGUUGCCUGGACGUUUGCGCUGUACCUUGAGGCCAUUGCCGUCCUCCCUCAGCUCUUCAUGUUUCAGAAGCAGGGUAAGGUUGAGGCCUUUACUUCGCACUUCCUCGCCGGCCAGGCCCUCUCGCAGGCCGUCUCCUUUAUCUUUUGGGUUUCUUCCUACUCGGAGCUUAACGGCCCCCAGAAUUCUAUUCGAUCGUAUGUCGGCUUAUGGGUAAUAGGCAUGCAGGUGGUGCAGCUCAUCGUUAUGGGAGACUUCAUCUACCACUAUAUCCGCUGUGUAAGUCGCGGCCUUCCUGUGCAAUUCCUGUUGAGCGAGAAUGUAUAA